AUUACCACAGUACUCCAGCUCUCUGUGCGAGCUCUUUCUAGAAUUACUGUUGAAUGUAUCGACUGAUUGAUAUCUUGCCAGAUUUCCUUCCUUGUUCGCCCGCAUAUUGAUGAUUUAUCUAUCAACAAAGCUGAUCUAUAUUCCGCACAAUGCGAAUAAAACUAGAAGGAAGUUGACAGACAAGCGAAAAGCGAAUGUACGGAUUGAACAAAGGUGCUACUGAAAACAGGAGGCGUCUCACACCAUAAUCGCCUCGAGAAUCAAUAUUGAUAAAUAACCGCGCUCUCGUCAUUGAUCCUGCAACAUCUGUCAGCGAGUGUCUCACUUCAUAAGAACACCUUUGGCAAACGCACAGCUAUAAAAUGAGCGAUAGCGAAGACGAAAUCUCCGUUUCUGGAUCAGAAGUCGAAGAGGAUGAGCUUGACGUUGAAAUGGCAGAUGAUGAUGCGCCAGCUAGUGAUUGUACAAUGACUAUCAUCGAUAGCGGAGAGCCAAUUUGCAUGGAAUUUAACUGCAUUGAUAGAACAGGCCUCUUCAGCUUUCGUGAACUACUACUAGAAAGUGGCUCUUAUAGCAAGAAGGUCUCCAAAGUAUUGAAUGAAGACGAAGAUUCGGACGAAGAAGACGGUGAUGACAACGAUAUUGAUGCAUUCUCUAAUUCUUCAUCGGUUAAAUGGUAUCAGAAGGAAAUUUGGCAGCUUAGUAAACUCCCUUACUAUGAGGAUCUUGAAAAACAAGCGAAUAAGACUUUGGCUGAUGUCAAGACCGGCCUUGCUCAUUCAAUAAUCCUCAAUGACCCUGUUACUGGUCUCAUGCAUUGGGUCCCAGAACUGGAAAGGUACAUUGACUAUUAUGGACGCCGCAUAAGCAAAGAAGAUCACAUAUUGUUUGUUCGUUUGUUGAAUUGUCUCGUCAAAAAAGGCAACACAUUCCGAGACGUCAAAAUUGCUUUGCAUUGUCUGAAUAAGUUGAUUGGCAAACGCGAUUUUCUUCUUCGCGGUGAUCUGGAAAUCGAUUGGCGACCGCUGUUUGAGCUUUAUGUAGAGGUGUCAUAUAAAAACCUAGAGGAAGAUGGAAUAUUUCUCAUGCCUGAUGGGUUCAGAGCUGAAUUGCAAGCUUACAUAUCACAUGCUCGUAGAUAUUUUUCUGAUGAUGCUCCUCAACAAUUACUGGAUGAGUUACGACCCUUGAUGUGCGUCUGGGAUGAGUCAAUCGUGAGAGCAUGGAGACUUCUUGAAUUAUUUAUGCCUAUGAACCUUCCUCCUGAAAAACAGCUGACUCAUGGAAGUGCGCUAUGGCUUGAUGAAGCAUGGCAUUGGUUUGUGACAGUAGAAAAUAAUAACCUGGUUGAGGGUUCCAUACUCAAGAUGUUUGUCCGGCUUUCCGUUGAAUGUCCCGGCUCGGUCAACUGGCGCGAUAAGCUCGAUGUCAUCUUCACCAGGCUUAUCCGCUCUUUCCGACUUGGUAAUGUGGUGGGUCUCUGCCAACAUUUCAAUCUGGAAGGUGCUUCUGGGUUCAUUACUUACGUUAUGGGCACAGAAUGUCACGAUGAGCUUAUGGAGAAAUUGAAGUCAGUAUUUUUGCUUGUUGAAUCCUACUUGCAUCCAUCAAAUCACGGCAUGCACACACAGAAUUUGCUGAUGUUCAUGAAUAAACUUUCGCUAUGUUUGCUUUCUCGUGUGAAGCGAGAGCGAAUGGAGAAAACGUCUAACAAACAGCGUACUUUCAUCAAGAUCCCAUGUUCUAUGAGACUGUCGCAAGCUCAGCUGGACCAGUUUGUAACCCUCAUGUUGCCAUGCUUGAAGCUGGCGAUGUUCUCUAAAGCCAGAAAUGAGUUUGUCGCACCAAUCGUGAAAUGUUGCUGUAGCAUUAGUCCAAAGAUCGUACUGCCAGCAGUGAUGGAUAUAGUUUACCCAGCAUUAGAGACUCUAACCGAACCUCAUCGUUUAUUGCAAGCUCUGCAAGUUUUGGUUGCUGUAGCACCUGUGCUCGCAAAGGAUCAACCUGGCAAAGAUGGGAAGACAUUCCGAAUCCAUGCUGUCAAUUUGAUGAAUUCACUUCUACCAGGCCUCGAUCAAAAUGACAUGGGAAAAUGUUUGACAACCUUCCAGAUUGUGGGAGUUUUGGUUAACUUGAUCCCGUUGGUUGACUGCUCUGAAGCCAUUUUCCUGCGCUCAGAUUUAUCCGAAGAUGAGAAGGAGCUGUGCUCAGCAACAGCUAACUUCGACAGUAUCAUCGCCAUGUUUAUGGACAAGUUGCUCUCAAUAAUGACCGAGUAUGGCGAAGCCGCAGUGUUUACUGGUUCACACACUAACAUCAAUGCAAAGACAAGGGCGAAUAUGGAUGACCACAUUCUGCAUAGAGGCACGAUAUCAGUAUUUAAGGGGAUCUGCAGGAAUUCUAGUACCGAGUUGUACAAGGUGGCUGUUGAUCGCUUAUACAGUUUCCUCAACGAACAUGUUUUUGAUAGCAAAACAGUCUCGACAGCCAUAGCAGAUAUGGUCUUCGUCGCAGUGAAGAUGCAUCCGUCGCUGUCAUUCGUGCGUUUCUUCUCACUGAUCAAGAAAAAGUUGAAACAAACCAUAACGACUGAAACAUAUUCUGAAGAGAAAGUCGACUUCCAAGUGAUAUGGUGGCUCUCUAUGGCUGAUCGGGUUCUAAAGGCUCCAUCCCAGUAUCUUCUCGAAAACUGGGAUGAAGUCCGAGGAUUGCUGGAGAUAGUGCUCCCUUUGAAGAAAUGUACAUUGGCUACGGAGAAAGCUACUGCUAUUCUGGAGAGCGUACUCGAGGGACUUUGUAGUAUCUAUCUCCUUGAAUCGCCUACUCGUCGAGCUAAUGCUGAUAAGAGCAUGGAGGAGGAUCUGGCUAUUAGGCAUUGGUCAGCCACUGUGGACAAAAAGACUUGGCAGCCCCAAUGGCAUGUCCCCUCACAAGAAGACAUCGACAAAGCUGCAGAACUUUUCCGCGAUUUCGUUAUGCCGCAGCUACAGGCACUGGCAUCACCACAGGGCAUGGAAAAGAAAGAGAUGAUGCAUCACAUUCUACUCGUUCGAAAUGCAGUACUUGGAGCUUCAGCUUCGCUACCAUUUUUCGAAGGUCCAAACUAUUGCCUUGAGGAUUCGCCGUCACUUGCAGCGAUAGAUCAUCCUGUAGCCAGACCCGUAAAUGCUCCCGUACUUACCUUGGAUGGCAAGAAUGUUCGUGAUAUCGUACUGGAGAACAUGAAAACAUUGUUGGAUUAUCUCUUUGAGCAUUGCGAAGAUGAUGUGAAGUCAAUUCAGCAAGUUGUUGUGUUGCUGAAUACUUUGGCGUCUUGCCGGGGAUUGAACUCGGAGUUGUUUGUAACAUCGGUGCUAAGCUACCGUACCACGAAAGCAAUCCUCAGCGACCAGCUUGCGGGAAAUCGAGGCAAUAUCGAAAUGUUAUCAGAAGAGUACACUUUGCUCAUGCAUAAGAAACGAAAUGUUACUCAAAGUGGCUAUCAGCUGAAGUCUCAACAUCUAGAGAUCUUACGCAUGUUGGUCAGGAUAGGAACUAGCACUUACAGUCAGAAUCGCAUCAAAGCACAAUUAGUGCUAGUGAAUCUGCUCAAAGACUAUCCAUUUGCAUACAAGAGCAUCCUCGGUGAAUUAGUGAAAUUCCUUGACCCCAAGAGUGACUCGACGCAUGAACAAGUCAAGGGAGCUCUUCACAUGCUCACCGAUCAUAAACGUGAUGCGCUAAUGCUGAGAGCAGGUGACGGAUUCGAAGUGCAGCUUCAAGCUAUGCCAGCCAUUGUGGCUACCCAACACAGCGAAAAGCCAUCGAUUAUCGAUUUACUUGAACAAGCACAGAAUUCGAUUGUGGAGCUGUAUGAAAGCUAUAAGAUAGAAUAUGAAAUUCCUGAAGAAAUGCGGUCUAUAGCUGCAUCGAUUCUUGAAGUGAAGGAAGCUUGCCCACUGAACGCAAGCAAGGGAAUGCCACCAGAAAAACUGAUCAAAGCUAACGAAGAUAAUCUGGUGCGAUUGAAGCAGAAAUUCACUCAGCAGUAUUAUGAACUUGCUGACAGGCUCCUUUCGCUGGCUCAAGACCCAGAACUUCAUUGGCGACAUGUCGAUAUGGCUCAGGCAUUCUUGUCUUUAUUAGUGCGAAGGGAUAUAGCUUAUCCGGAACCGGUGCUGAAGAUGUGGGUAAAGCUUUUGGUACACGAUACGGUAAAAGCCCGAAGGAUGGCAACGGCAGUAGUAGCUAGUUGGUUGAAACUGAACAAACCAAAAGCUGUUAAGAGGGAAUGGGUUAUCACUUACAAGGAGCCAAAUACAUCUGUUGGUGCACGAUGGCCUAUUCGCUACGGUAUUCGAGAUGACAAUCGUUGUAUGAUGUACGAGGAAGAGAAACUCCCAAAGACGGAGAAAGAAUGGGACAAUUUCCAGUUCUGUGGCAAACAACAUUGGGGAUUUUAUACAUGGCCAGAGAAACUGAUAACAUAUGCACCUCUGUGUGAACAAAAAGCAAUCGACAGAACAGAAGAAGAUCUUUCGGAGACUGAGCAUUUCAUUGUUGAUACAUUCCGUGAUCCUGAAUUUGCUACCAAGUUACGCACGUUAUUCGCUGUUGAAGAGACAAAGGAAGACACAUUUGAUGCUGUAAAGUUCUCACUAUUCCAGGGACUAUUUCGAUGCUUCAAUGACGUACUAUGUACUACCUUCAAGGAACAUUUGGAAAUCUUGAUUGUGAGCUCGAAGGCAAGUGACCAAAAAUUGGCCUCAGAAAUAGUAGCAGGGCUCAUCAACGGUUCAAAACUCUGGAAAUGGAGCCGCCAAAGUCGAAUGUGGUCAUGGCUGUCACCAUUGUUGACGAGAGCUCUGGAAAAUAUGAAGGAGGAAGCCAUGAGGAAUUGGGGAGUAUGCAUAGCAACUGUGUGCGGUUGUUCUGAAUCAAGGAUGUUGAAACCGUUGAUUGACAUAUUGUUUGCUCUCGUAAAUAGACCAACAGAAAGUGCCUUUUCCGCCCAGUCACGACUUUUCCUGCUGCAAGGCGGCCUAUGUCAGUUUGAAUGGCGUACCAUCGAACUUUGGAACAAAGUGGUGGACCAUCUAUCAAAAAGUGCUGUUGUCCAACAGUAUGCCAAUCUUCGGGAUCGAAUGGCGAUCUCCCUCGUGACAGCUUCGUGGUUUGACAUACCGACAAUUUACUACAGCCCAGAUAUUCCGGAAUCACUGCAUGGACCAACUAUAGCGCACUGCAUUGGUCUUUACGAUCAGCAUAUGGGUGCCUGUUGGGAAGAAACUCGAGUGAAGGAGCUGGCCUGUUCUGAGUCGAUUGAACCUCAAGAUCUGAAUGGCAACGGCGAUAGUGAAGUGAAACGCAUGGCCAGACUUGCAUUGAAAGGUGCACUGGCAUAUACCCUUCACGUCGCUGGACAGUCUCUAACAGCAAUACCACCUUCCAUACUUCGUUUGCUACCAGUCUUUUGUCAUUACAGUAACGAUGUUGGUGACGAAGAGUUGUACAAGCAGUGUUUCUCCUUAAUGUCACGAUUACUGCAAGCUACUUAUAUACCCGAAGCGAAUCUACCAUGUAUCAUGCAAGUGUUCCGACAGAUGCUGCAGUCGCCAUGUUGGUGGAAAUCGAAAGUCACAAUGCUGUGGCUCAUGAAAGUCAUGGUGUUCUCGAAUUUGUAUGUGUUCGCCACUGUACGUGAAGAAAUUGGCCAACUUUUGAUGGGCAGUUUGAGCGAUUGCCAGUUGGAGGUCCGACAAACUGCGGCUGACACUCUCUCCGGUUUGAUACAGAGCUCGUUCUUCACCGUUACGCCGGAAUUAUUGGAUGCAUUCAAUGAUCGUGCAAAUUCAAAAGAUCCGAUUAUCCGACAUGGAGGGGUUUUGAGUCUAUCAGCGAUAGUUCUCGCCGCGCCAUAUUCGGUUCCAUCCUAUCUUCCAGAUGUUCUGAUGAGAUUAUGCCGAUUUGCUUCGGAAAAGCAGCCUAUUCGGGAUACUGUAAAGAAAACUUUAUCCGAAUUCAAACGUACUCAUCAAGAUUCUUGGCGCGAGCAUGAAUCUCAGUUCAACGAAGACCAACUAUGUGUGCUGCGAGAUCUAUUCGUUUCACCGAACUAUUACGUGUGAUGUGUGGUUGUCGACAAAUGUUCUAUGUUGUCAUUUUCCUUGCAAGUUUUCCAACUCGCUCAUGAUGUCGUCGGGAUGACUUGUUCGUACUCGGGUUUGCGCUGUGUGUAGAAGCUCCACAAUGUAUAUUUUUUGAUUGUUGUACCUUUGGUAGUCUAAACCGAUUCGCUAGCAAACUAGUUUUUUCUCGCAAUAGUAUAUCUCUCAUUGAAACAUUUUACUCCACAAAUUUUAUUUGGUUGUAUCUCUGUCAUAGAGAAUGGGUUGAUAGAGACUAUAUGUUGAGUACUUGUGCUGUCUACUGGGAUGACUUUUAUGAUUUUUACUGCAAUGUAUCUAAUAAACUGCGACUGAAUCAUAGCAUGUGCUCUCUGCGCUUUCAUAAUGGUUGUAGCUGCAUUUCUCGGCGUUAUCGAAACGUUACUGUCUGGUAAACAAUCCUUCUGUUUUCCAUCGAAUUUUGGGGUUCGUUGGAUGAUGAGCGGCGAUGAGUAUUCGAGAAUUCAUAAUUUUUUAGUCAUUCAUGUACUCUCUAUUCAAGAAUGUUUACGCCUCAGUAUCCUGAUUAGUGUGGUCUUUGUUUACCUGUAACUACUUAGUAAUAAUAACCACAACUCUUUAUCUGAGUGAUUUAUUGAAUUCCUUCCCACUCGCAGCGUUCAUUGUUUCCUUCACUUGAGAUCUAUAUUAGAGUAUUUCUAUCUUCAUGAAACUGAUUGCAAUAAUAAAGAGUUUUGAAUACCUGCUA